GUCUAUCGCAUGGCUUUUAGCUACUGGCAGACCAUAACGUUCCGUGAAACCUUUUAGGUUCUUAAUAGAUCUAAAAGAGCCGAGAAAGGCGAAACGUCAUCAAAUAGAUGCGAGAGGCUAGAAAUCCGCGCUUCAUGUGAGGAAAUCCAAGUGCUUCGUUUGUUAUUUCGACGACGCGACAUCCGCUAUGGCGGUCGAUGUGCCCACACAAAAGGUCAGCGAAGUGAUCACCACUUUCAGACCCUGCAAACGCUUCCGACCCGAUGACAGCAAAACGCACGUGACAUCGUUGGACUACGACGACAGCGGCGAGCUCGCCAUAAUAUGUCGAUCAGACGACACGCUGCAAAUAUACAAUUGCAGAGAGGGGAAACACGCUAAAGACUUGAAGUCUCAGAAGUAUGGCGCACAUCUUGCGAGAUUUACUCAUCAAUCUUCAGCUGUUUUGUACGCGAGCACAAAAGUCGACGAUGGUAUCCGGUAUCUCUCUACGCACGACAACUCGUAUAUCCGCUAUUUCCGAGGCCACACCGCACCGGUAACCUGCCUUUCUAUGUCCCCUUCCGAUGAUUCAUUUGCAUCUUGUUCGCUGGACAAUACCGUUCGCCUUUGGGACAUCAGAUCUCCAAACAUGCGUGGACAGCUCAACAUUACUUCCCCGUACUUUGCGGUAUACGAUCCUUCAGCAACAGUGCUAGCAAUAGCAAGUCCGAACACACAUGCAGUACUUCUUUACGACUCCAAGAAUUUCGAGAAGCCUCCAUUCGCGAAUUUCGACUUGCGUGAGAUGGAAGAGCGUUUCGCCGGGAACAACGGUUCAGGCAUCGGUAGAAACUGGAGCAAAAUCGAAUUUAGCAAUGACGGCAAAUCCCUUCUCGUCGCGACAACCGGGGCUGGUCACUUCAUCCUAGACGCCUUUGAUGGAAGCCUUAAGCAUUUUUGCGCACGCAAAGGCGGACGCUCCGAACGUAGGGCACCGGGUGAGACCAAUUCCAGUCGUCCUGUUGGCCAGGGUGACGCAUGUUUCUCGCCGGACGGAAAUUAUCUUAUUGGAGGCUCCGGGUUGGAUGAUGGGUUGGUUGCCUGGGAUAUUUCACAGAGUUCUACAAGUGAUCACGUGUUACAGCCGUUCACAGAGAUGCCAGUACCGCAACAGGCGCAGGGCAGGGUAGAAAUUGUGGGUUACAAUCCCAAGCACAAUAUGCUCACUACCGCGGAUAGAGAUAUCUUGCUCUGGUUACCUGAUCCAGAGUUGGCACCCUGAGCAGCCCACUUAAAAGUUGCUUACUCAUUGACAUGUCUGCUCGAGAUUUUAGUUCACUACUUGCCUGAACGAACUGGCCUUGAAACUUGGGGACUAUCAAGAACUAUUAAAUACUCACAGCACGGGAAGAGAAAAGAACGAAACGCUGGAAACUCAUAUCUGAGCUGAGCACAUAUCAGAAAUGUAAGGGCGACGCGUUUCUCCUGGCAGGAAUUGUGAAGAUAGGAUUGCGAUAGCCCAAUCGGGUAGAUCUCGAGAUCAGACUUUGCUUGAGCAUUUGCCUUCAGUUACGAAUAAGCGUAUAUGAUCUAUUGAAUUUCAUGUAUUUGUCGCAGUGCCAUGCA